UUAUAAACAAUAGAACCUCGAUGGACUUUUUACCAGUUAAAAACAUAAACAAAACAAUAUUUAAAAUAUAUACUCUAAAAAUUGAAAUAAAUUAUAAAUAGAUUAGACCAUGAGCUGCAAUUAUGCGGAUGGUCUGUCAGCCUACGACAACAAGGGGAUCCUGGGAGCACCCGAAAGUUUCGAUAGCGAUGAAGUGGUGGCCGAAAAGUGCCAGAAAUUAGCUGACCUAAUCAAAAAAUCUGGACAUGUUGUUCUGCACACAGGAGCUGGCAUCAGUACAUCCGCAGGGAUUCCAGAUUUUCGUGGACCCAAAGGAGUUUGGACCCUGGAGGAGAAGGGCGAAAAGCCGGACUUUAACGUCUCCUUCGAUGAAGCCAGACCCACUAAAACCCACAUGGCCAUCAUAUCUCUGAUCGAAAGUGGCUAUGUACAAUAUGUAAUCUCACAGAACAUUGAUGGUCUUCAUCUUAAGUCCGGAAUAGAUAGAAGACAUCUUUCCGAAUUGCACGGCAACAUUUACAUUGAACAGUGCAAGAAAUGCAGACGUCAAUUUGUGAGAUCUUCUGCAGUGGAAACAGUAGGUCAAAAAUCGCUGGAUCGCCCAUGCAAAUCUUCAAUGGAUUCUAAAGGUCGUAGUUGCCGAUCGGGAAUCUUGUACGAUAACGUUCUUGAUUGGGAACAUGAUCUUCCCGAGAACGACCUUGAAAUGGGUUUAAUGCACUCCACCAUCGCCGAUUUAAACAUUGCUCUUGGAACCACUCUGCAAAUCGUUCCAAGCGGUGAUCUUCCCUUAAAAAAUCUGAAACGCGGUGGUAAAUUUGUCAUUUGUAAUCUACAGCCUACGAAACAUGACAAAAAGGCCAAUAUGAUAAUCUCAACCUACGUGGAUGUGGUUUUGUCCAAAGUUUGUAAAUUAUUGGGUGUCGAAAUACCUGAAUACUCAGAGUCUUCCGAUCCUACAAAAAAGUCUAAGCUAGUUGAGUGGACCAUACCCACAAAUAAUGUAAAUACCUUCCACAAACAGUAUAGAAAAUAUGUAAAAGACUCUAAAAUUGAAUCUAAAGCCAAGAAAACUAAGUAUAAGUAAUUUGGCUGCUAGAAAGCAAGUAGUAAGACGCAUUUAAUAGGCCAAGAAAUUGUCCAAGGAAAAAGUAAAACACUAGAGAACUAGUUGAUAAUUUAAAAUAAACUUUAUAUAAAAAGGUA